GCCCAUGUCAAACCUCCUUCAUGUCGACAGCCUGGGCUAUGAUAUUAACAAGACCAGAAACGUGUUUUCUGAUCUUACAUUCGAUGUCAAUGAAGGAGAUGUAAUCGUGCUUCAGGGCAAGAGCGGCGCUGGGAAAUCUACUUUGUUGAAGUGUCUUGCUCAUCUUAUUGAGUACAAGGGCGAGGUUAGGUACCGCGGGAGUCAGCCGCGUGCGAUUGGCGUUCCAUCCUACCGCACAAAGGUAGCCUACGUCCCACAGCGACCCUCUCUCCUCCCUGGUACGCCGCACGACUUCCUCAAGGCGCUCUCCGGCUUCUCGUCUCGCACGAAGUGCGCGAAACGCUCGAAAGCGACGCGGGACUACGCCGACUACGUGCAGAUCGGCAAAGCGUGGGGCGUCGACGAGGAGCUGUGGAGCCGGAACUGGUCGAACCUCAGCGGCGGGGAGUCGCAGCGCAUCUCCCUCGCGAUCGCUGUGGGGCUUGAUACGGCCGAGGUGCUCCUCCUGGACGAGCCGACCUCGGCGCUGGACCCGAACUCGACGAACCUUGUUGAACGGUUCUUGUUGGAUGAGAUGGCGUCCUCGGAGAGCGAGCUCAAGGCGAUCGUGUGGGUGACGCAUUCGGACGAGCAGGCGCAGAGGGUCGGGACGCGGUUCUUAAGGAUUACGCAGACGGGGUGCGAGGAGGAGCGGGGAUAUGUGGAACCUUGAUUUGACUGUUGUUGCUAGAUGGGAUACGGUCAGUUGUUUGUGUACAUGUCUGGUACUGAAUUUGGAUGGCUUUGCCUUUCUGUAUGAAGAUAGAUUGCGC